ACUGCUGAAGACAGGCAGCAGGGACAUACUGCUCUGCUGCUGGGACUGUCACACUGGAGGAGUCUUUAAACUUUCUAACUCUGGAUGAAAUUUCUCCCUUUUUUUUAUUUUCCUGGUUUCUGGAAAGGAUAUCAGCCACCCGGUGAUAUGCAGCCUGUGCGGGUUCUAGCCUGCGUUAAACGAUGAUUCACUGACUGGUGAGGAACCUUCCUCCCGUUCAUUAAAGAUCAUGACGCCUUCUGAGCGGUGGGAGAGCGCCGGCAAGUUCAUGGAGCUCGGAGCAGCGGACUGACCCCCCUCCCCUACAUAGAAGACAGAAAAACGAUGAGCAAGCUCGCCUUCCAGAACAACAGAGCCAUGCAGGACCGGCGGAGCAUUUGUGUCUUCCUUCCAAACGAUGACACUUUGAGUAUCAUCAUCAGUGUUAAAGCACUUUGCCAAGAGUUGCUGGUCCAAGUGUGUGACCUCCUCCGGUUGAAAGAUUGCCAUCUCUUUGGACUCAGCGUUAUUCAAAGCAACGAACAUGUGUACAUGGAACCUUCUCAGAAGCUGUACAAGUACUGCCCCAAGGAGUGGAAGAAGGAGGUCAGCAGGGGAAUUGACCAGUUCGGUCCUCCAAUGAUCGUCCAUUUUCGAGUGCAAUAUUAUGUUGAAAAUGGCAGACUUAUAAGUGAUAGGACGGCACGGUACUAUUACUAUUGGCACCUGCGGAAACAAACCCUGCUCUCCCAGAGCACAGUACGGGAAGAGGCCUACUUCCUGCUGGCCUCCUACGCCCUUCAGGCCGACCUGGGCAACUUCAAGAAGAACAAACACCAUGGAAAAUACUUUGACCCAGAAGCCUACUUUCCUUCUUGGAUCAUUAAGAAGCGAGGAAAAGAUUAUAUCCUCAAGCACAUUCCUAAUAUUCACCGCGACCAAUUUGCACUGACGGUGUCGGAAGCACAACUUAUGUAUAUUAAGGAAGCAGCGAGACUCGACGACCUCUGCGUCCAUUACUACAGGUUAUACAAGGAUAAAAGGGAGAUAGAAGCCUCAUUGCUCCUUGGAAUCACCUUACGAGGAAUCCAGAUCUUCCAGAGUUCAGGAGAUGAAAAGCAGCUCCUGUAUGACUUCCCCUGGACCAAUGUGGGAAAGCUGGUGUUCGUGGGCAAAAAGUUUGAGAUCUUACCGGACGGCUUACCCUCAGCCAGAAAAUUGGCGUACUAUACCGGCUGCUCCAUGCGCUCGCGGCAUCUCCUUCAGCUGCUGAGUAACAGUCACCAACUCUACAUGAAACUACAGCCAGUACUGCGGCAAGUUCGACUGCUGGAGGAAAAUGAAGAGAAGAAGCUGUACAGGGAGUCGUACAUCAGUGACACUUUGGAUCAGGACAUGGAGCAGCUGGAGAACCGAUCUAUGAGCAGCGGUGGGAGUACGAAGCACAACUGCCUCUGCAGGCGCUCCACGACCAGUCACAGCAGCUCUCUCACCUCGGGGAUAGAGGCGGACACGAAAGCCAGGGACAUCGGAGCGGAGGAUAGUUUCUCCAGGUCGUCACUUCACCACAAGCUGAAGACUUGCAGCUCUAUGACCAGCCACAGCAGCUCCCGCACCUCUGGGGCUGAGAGCGCAGACAAGGACAGGCUGGACGAUGACUCCCAGGAUGACGAGAUUGAGAUGCUGGUAGAUGAUCCAAAGGACAUUGACUUGGCCUUGAACGUCAGCCCUGAACUCUGCGUAUACAUAACGGAAGACAUGCUGAGGUCACAACACAGCAACGGAUAUUCCGGUUUAAUUGUUAAAGAAGUGAAUUCAUCAACUUCCAGCUCUUCAGAAACCGUAGUUAAGCUACGUGGUCAGAGCACCGACUCGUUACCGCAGACGGCGUGCCGAAAACCAAAGACUUCCACUGAUCGCCACAGCUUGAGUCUGGAUGAUAUCCGUUUGUACCAGAAAGACUUCUUGCAGAUCGCCAGCCUGUACCAAGAAACUGCCCAGAGCUAUACUUUUGGAUGCGGUCACAGCGCGGGUAACACAGGACUUUACUGCAAGGGCUGUCUUGCCCAACAGUGCGUCAACAUCCAUGAGCCCCUCGUGGCCAAGAAAGUCAGCAAGUACUUUUCUUUGGACCUUACUCAUGAUGAUGUUCCGGAGUUUGUGGUAUAAAGCUCAAGGAUGACAUACAUGGAUGAAUUUUACCGGCUUGCAUGACUGGUAAUGCCAAAAUAAGCAGACAGAAACUGCUUGUAGCAGACGGAUUCCUACAGAUUGCCAAUCUGUAUCAGGGGAUGGCCCCCGGUCUAUACAUUUGGAUGCAGGACCUUAUUGCAAUAGUUGGCAUGACCAACCAACUGCACAUCAACAUCCAACAAGCCAAUCGUGGUCAAGAAAGGAAGGGAGUACUAAUGGUUGGACCUUGCCCAUGGCGAUACCCCAAAGUUUGACGUGUAAACGUCUUUAUGAUGGAUAUGGAUACAUUUAACAGACCUGGAUGCCUUUGUGUGCAGAAAUGUAGGAAUUCUACAGAUU